CUGUCUGCUAACUUAAUUUUUUUUUUUUUUUAUGAUACUAAUAGCCCAUUUUCUAUGAUUUCAGCUUACAAGGAACGGUGGUUUAAAUUAAAAGCUAAUUUUCUCUUUUACUACCGCUUGAACGAGUUUGGUGGAGUUGAUAAGAAUGAGCCAAGUGGUGUUUUUGUUCUAGAAAACAUUGAAGUGCUGAGGGAAGAGGAUGUUGAUGCACCAUUUGGAUUUGUAAUUAAAUGGAAGGAUGAUCCAGAACGUAAACAUCUCUUUUUUGCUCAGUCGGAGAACAGUGUUCAUUCAUGGAUAAACAAAAUAAUACAUGCAAGUUAUGAACACAUGAGAGCCCAGUUGAUCAUGUUAAGGGUCCAGAUAAGAAGAAAGACUGGCGCAGACCCCCUAGAGCAUUUUGGUUCCCCACUACCUCAGCGUGCAUCACGGGCCAUGAUGUCUCCAAGCACUCAGUUUCAUAUUGACCUUGAGAAACUUAGUGUGUCUCACUCACAAGCCAAUCAUACUUCUUCAGCACCAUCUAGUCCUAGUACCUACCAUUCUUCAAAAAAGCCUCCUGGCAGUCCCUCCAGAUACAGUCUUCCAUCAAAAAGUCCAAGUAUGAAGUUAAAAAUUCCAAAGAGUCCAUCUUUCAUACAUCCAACCCGUAGUGCUCCUGUUGCUCCACCUAGAAAGGGAAAGAAGCAGAGUCGUGAAAAUGGACAUGUGGUGGUAGAAGAAUUGAUACCAGGAGUUGGGUGCAAUAAAGCCUCAUUCAAGUGUCACUUGACAGAAGGAUGUUCUCCAAAUCAGCAACCCAGUCUGCUUGACUGAUUGCUCAUUCUGGUAGUUAAUUAUCAUUGACCGAGUUUCACGUAAGCUAAUUUGGUUUUGCAGGAAUCUCUCCAUUUGUUAGUUUGAAGAUAUACCUGACAGGCAUAUCUGUGUUUGUUCAUAUUAAUUGAAAAAUGUACUGUUUACCAUAUGUGUGAAUUUUUUUUUUCAAGUACUUUUUUGUUAUACCGAGCACAGUGCAUUUAUUUACUAAUCAUGAAUGAUUUUUAUAUUUUUUAUUACAGAGCUGUACUGUUUACAUGAGAACCAUAUGUUAUGAAUGAUUGUUUUUAAGGAAUGUUUUAAUUAUUGUUCAUGUUGUCCAUGGUUCUAGAAAAAAAGUUGGUUCAUAGUCUCAGUUACUCAGCUGAUAAAAGCUUUGGCAGCCCAUUAGAGAUUAUCGUGUGCUUUCCCUGCAUUUAAAACUGAAAGAAUCUUUUAUGAAAUAAUUGUUUUACCUUUAUGAAAUUUUAUUUAUCUAGUUCCCAUCUCAUAGCAAGAAGGGAAUUUUUUCUUGGUCUUUCUCAACUUCGGUACUGUGCUUACUUUAUUAAUGAUUAUUGUAUAUUUUGUAUAACAUUAUUAUUAUUCUUGAUAGAAUGCCUGCCUUCAUACCAUAUCACAUUUAUUCCUUUUAAUGUUCAUCUUCAUUUUGUGUUACUUUAUAGAAAAAGUCGUCUUGAAUAUUGCAUUCCGCCCAAUGCUCUUAAGCGAGUGACUUGGUUAAGCUUGUACAGAAAAGUAAGGUCGAGUACAGAAAACCAACUCAAUCCUGCCAUAGCUUUUGGAACUUAAAUAAUAAGGAAAGCCAUUAUAAUUAAAGGUCAAAUACAAUAAAAACAAAUGUAACAAACUUGACUUCUAUAUGUUAUAGCAAUUAAUAUUUUUCUAACAAUUAGUAGAAGUAUCAACAUUGUUUUUACUGUAUACUGGUAAUUUAGGUAGUUAUAUAUUUUCACUCCAGUUUUGAAGUGGCGGCUGAUAAGGGCACUAGUGUCAUAGUAUUGAUGACAUUUUAGUCAGCAAAUGGCAUUUGUUUGUUAUCAGUUUAUUCCAUAAUGCACUUUCGGUGUACUUUUAAUCCCAAUAGAGACAGCACAGUGUGUGAAACACACAUGCCACUAACCCACACCACACAAGCACAAAAAUGGAUGCCCUCCCCCCCUAUCCCACCACCACCACCACACAGUAUCUCGUGCUGCUGAUGCUCACAGGGUGGUAGACGGUUGGAACAAGCUAAGUGAGAAGGUGGUGGAGGCCAGAACUGUCAGUAGUUUCAAAACGUCAAACGACAAGAUGUACUGGGAAGACGGGACACCACGAACGUAGCUCUCAUACUGUAACUACACUUAGGUAAUUACACACACCACACAAGACACAAAACAUGUGGAGAGACACACACACACACACACACCCAUAUAUAUCGCCACCUUAUGUUUCUUGCUGGGGUCUGAUAGCCUACAACCUUGCAGUAUGACAAUGUGUACAGCUUUGUAACCAGGUCAUGGGUUUACUGUUGCAUGGUAAUGAUUUUUGGAAACCUCUUGGGACUCUUGUGAUGUCAAGUGUGGUUGGUGAUUGGCCAGUAGGGAAAAGGGGUAUCCAAAUUUUACAAUCACAAUGUAGUGCAAAAAACCAUAUUCCCUGUACUGUAUUUACAUUUGGCCAUGUGAUUGAGUUUUUUCUUUGAUAUGAGAUCAUGGCAUUAGUUUUACUUCUAAAAAAAAAUUCUACUUUGCAUAUGACCUUUAAACAAAUUAAAUGGAAUUAGACAUUUUUAGGGUUUUUAGAAUAUGCUGUAUGUACAGUGAACAAAUUCACAAGGGCCGUGACGAG